AUGCCUCCCCGUGCCACCUCUCGCGUCGCCAGCACCCAAGACGCAGGGCACCACCAUCCUCCACACACGCCGACUACCUGCGAUAAGCCCGAGGCCUUCACCAAACCAUUCUGCGAGUUCCUGACUGAGAACCCGACGAUAUUCCAUGCCGUGGGUUAUUUUAAGAAGGAACUAGGCCUCAAGGGCUUCGUCGAGCUUCCCGCGCGAGACGACUGGUCCGAAACGAUCAAGCCCGGCGGCAAAUACUACGUUACUCGAAAUGGGAGCAGUAUGGUGGCCUUCAAGGUCGGCAAGGCCUACAAGCCUGGCCAUGGCGUGGCCAUGAUCGCUGGACACAUCGACGCCCUGACCGCGAAGCUCAAGCCCGUGAGCAAGAAGCCCACCAAGGCCGGCUACGUGCAGCUUGGUGUUGCCCCGUAUGCCGGUGCUCUCAAUGAGACAUGGUGGGACCGAGACCUGAGCAUCGGCGGCCGCGUCAUCGUCCGUGACACGUCGACCGGAAAGACUGCCCAGAAGCUGGUCAAGCUCGGCUGGCCCAUCGCCAAGAUACCCACCCUGGCACCCCACUUCGGUGUCGGGAUGCUGGGGUCGCAGAACAAGGAGACGCAGGUCGUGCCGGUCAUCGGCUUGUCAACGGGUGCGGAGGAGGCCGUGGGCGAAGUCGGCACCUUUGUGGCUUCGCAGCCGCCGAAGCUGGUGAAGCUCAUCGCCUCGGAGCUCGGCAUCUCCUCCCAGGACUACAGCUCCAUCAUCAACUGGGAGCUCGAGCUGUUCGACCACGUACCAGCGGUCCUCAGCGGUAUGGACAAGGAGUUCAUCUCCGCAGGCCGGAUCGACGACAAGCUCUGCUCCUGGGCCGCCCUGACGGGUCUCGUGCUGUCCGACGACGCCGAAACCGAUAGCGGCAUCAAGAUGGUUGCGCUGUUUGACGACGAGGAGAUUGGCAGCUUGCUCCGGCAGGGCGCCAAGGGAAACUUCCUGCCUUCUGUCAUCGAGCGGGCCGUCGAGGCCCUGACAGCUGACGCCGGCAAGACGUUUGGGCCCGGCGUCAUCGGCCAGACCUAUGCGCGCUCGUUCCUCGUGUCGGCCGAUGUCACCCACGCCGCCAACCCCAACUUCCUCGAGCGGUAUCAGGGCGAGCACCUGCCUUUGCUCAAUGUGGGCUUGGUCGUCUGCCAGGACAGCAACGGCCACAUGACGACGGACAGCGUCAGCACGGCCAUCUGCAACCGCGUGGCCGAGCUGAGCGGGUGCACGAACCAGCUGUUUAUGAUCCGCAACGACUCCCGCUCCGGAGGCACCGUUGGCCCCACCCUGUCCAGCAUGAUGGGUGUCAGAGCCGCCGAUGCCGGGCUGCCGCAGCUCUCGAUGCACUCUAUCCGUGCCACCACGGGUGCUCUUGACCCCGGGCUGGGCGUGAAGUGGUUCAAGGGAUUCCUGGACCAGUGGGAGGCAAUUGAUGCUGAAUGGGAUCACUGAGGAGCCCUCUGAUUGUCUUUUUCCUCAUUAACACACUCUUUGGGUUGAGAGGAACAUGAAAUCUAGAUGGUGAUUUCUUUUAAAGCGUAUACUAAAGAUGCAUUAGACGUCAUGUCAUAGUAGAGACAGCUUCCACGUGAAGAUUACUUGGAUGUAGAGAUAGAUUGGAGCAC